AUGACAGCCGCAGAUCACGGCUCGGAGCUGGUGAUCAAAGUGUUACUGCAGAAGAAAAGGUUGCGCGUGAACUUGAGAAAUACCAAGGGAGAGAGUGCUCUGUGGCACAGUGUGGCGACAACAUCAUCCGUCGUCGUCACCCAGCUCCUUCAACACCCUCCGCUCAAAGUCGACCUCCCAAAUUCUGAGGGGCAGACGGUGCUCUGGCUUGCUGUCUUUCAAGGUAACAGAGACUUUGUGUGCCAACUACUCAUAAGAGGUGCCAACCCUGAUACAAAAGAUCUGAAUGGAAUAUCACCAUGGAUCCAAGCAUGCAUCAGAAACAGAAACAAUAUCAAAGAUCUCCUCCUUGAUCAUUGGAAAGCGACAUCCCCUGGCGUCAUAUCACAGGAUAUACCGCUCACUAGAAGUGAGGAAACGGUUGCGCCAGCUGCUAGUAGCGGAGGUGCUUCCAUAUCAAGAAUGCUGCGCCUCCGGGGAGAGGAAUUCGAUAUAGUUGAUGAACAGGGACUGACACCUCUCCACGCAGCGGCAAGGAGUGGUCAUCUUUGGGCAGUGGAUUUUCUACUUCGCCACGCAAAUACUCUCUUGAACCGUAAAGACAGUCACGGUAGGACUGCGCUGUGGUGGUCUACCUUUUCAUUCCAUGAUCGUGUCACGCAGAGGCUUCUGGAAGAGAAGGACGUGGAGAUCAAUACGCUUGGAACAUGUGGGAAAUAUGAUAGCCCUUCUACCUCGCUCCACCAUCUAGCCAGAAGAAGUGAUACAACCGUUCUUGGAUGGUUCUUAAGCCGGCCGAGCCUUGACCCAAAUCUAUGCGGGGGCUCUUAA